GUGUGUGAGAUGUGAAGCCAAAAGACUUUUUCCUUCUGAUUUAUCUCUGGCUCCUCCUUCUUCGUUCCAUGUUCCUCAACCACUCUCAUUUAUUUCCCUUCCUUUAUUGCCAACACCCUGUUGCAAUCCCAGUAAGAGAGAGAGAUAGAGAAGAAGGUCUAUUGUGUGUGGUUUCUUCUUCUAGAGUGAGAGAGGGACAGGUGGGUGUCUUCACCUUUAAAGGCUUCACCAACUCCUGAGAGAGCAUUUAUAAUGGUGCAUCUCACAUGUUCAGUGAGAGAGAGAAGAUGGUGGUGCAAUGUCAAAAAACCAGUCUGGCCAUAAUAACUCUGCACUAAACUACUCCACCUAUAAAUCUCUCUCCACCAUUACACACUUUACCCUCAUUGCACCAUACUCACGCUCUUCUCCUUUACAUAAACACAACCUUUUUCAUCUUCUUUUACUCCUCCAUUUUCCUCUCUUGCAGCAACCUCACACGAGAAACCUCUGCAUCAGAAAUGCUCCUAUUUCGACACACCCUUCCCUGAAAGUAUGGAAACUUUCACGGCUCUAUUGUUGUUAACGGCGAUCACAGCUUACUUGAUAUGGUUCACUUUCAUCUCACGGUCGCUGAAGGGUCCACGUGUCUGGGCCUUAUUGGGCAGUCUCCCGGGUCUCAUAGACAACUGUGACCGCUUGCAUGACUGGAUCUGCGACAACCUACGCGCGUGUGGCGGCACUUACCAGACUUGCAUCUGCGCAAUCCCUUUCCUCGCCAAGAAGCAAGGUCUCGUGACUGUGACAUGCGACCCGAGGAACUUGGAGCACAUACUGAAGACCCGUUUCGACAAUUACCCCAAAGGCCCCACGUGGCAUGCUGUCUUUCAUGAUCUUUUGGGUGAUGGGAUCUUUAACUCUGACGGUGACACGUGGCUGUUCCAGCGCAAGACUGCAGCACUGGAAUUCACCACCAGGACAUUGCGUCAAGCCAUGGCUAGAUGGGUGAGCGGAGCCAUCAGCCGCCUCUGCUUGAUCCUGAAGAAAGCUCAUGAUCGAGCUGAACCCAUUGAUCUGCAAGACCUGAUGCUUCGUCUUACUUUUGACAACAUUUGUGGGUUAGCUUUUGGACGAGACCCACAAACAUGUGUGUCUGGUUUGCCUGAUAACCGUUUUGCAACUGCUUUUGACCGAGCCACCGAAGCCUCACUUCAGAGGUUCAUUUUGCCAGAGGUGUUGUGGAAAGUGAAGAAAUGGCUGCGGCUUGGAAUGGAGGUGAGCCUGAGCCGAAGCCUUGUCCACGUGGACGACCAUUUGUCGAAUGUCAUUGAGAAACGCAAGGUGGAAUUGCUGAAUCACCAGAAAGAUGGGAGUCUUCAUGAUGACUUGCUGACUAGGUUUAUGAGGAAGAAAGAAUCAUAUACAGACAAGUUUCUACAACAGGUGGCACUGAAUUUUAUCCUAGCUGGACGCGACACGUCAUCGGUGGCUCUGUGCUGGUUUUUUUGGUUGGUGAUGCAGAAUCCCAAAGUGGAGGAGAAAAUUCUGCGUGAAAUUUGUACAGUCUUGAUGGAGACACGUGGCGAUGACAUGGCAAAAUGGUUGGAUGAGCCGUUGGCCUUUGAGGAAGUUGACCGUUUGAUUUAUCUCAAGGCAGCAUUGUCUGAGACACUGAGGUUGUACCCUUCUGUGCCGGAGGACUCAAAGCAUGUGGUGGCCGAUGACGUGCUGCCGGACGGCACGUUUGUGCCGGCGGGGUCGUCGGUGACGUAUUCCAUUUAUUCAGCGGGGAGGAUGAAGUCCACGUGGGGUGAGGAUUGCAUGGAGUUUAGACCUGAGAGGUGGUUGUCAUCGGAUGGGACAAAGUUCAUCACGCAUGACUCUUUCAAGUUUGUUGCUUUCAAUGCUGGUCCAAGAAUAUGUUUGGGGAAGGAUUUGGCUUACCUUCAGAUGAAGUCCAUUGCUGCCGCGGUGCUGCUCCGGCACCGCCUUGUGCUGGUGCCUGGCCACCUGGUGGAGCAAAAGAUAUCACUCACUUUGUUCAUGAAAAAUGGACUCAAGGUCAAUGUCCAUGAGAGGGACUUGAGAGGGGUCAUUAUAAGUAUACAAAAAGAAAAGGAGGGAGAUGCGGGUUUUAGAAGUAAUGAAUGUUAGUUCGUUGUUUCAGUAGAUGGAGCAGAGUGUGUUGGAGGCUUCAGCAUGUGGAGUCAAGUUCGGAGGAUGAAAUUUCAGACACUGGAGCUUUAGCUUAUAGAGGAAGAGAACAGAAUUCCCUUUUCAGAAAAAAAGGGUAUAUGCAGAGUAUUUAUUAUUCAUAUGGUAAUUGUGGAUGGAUUCUUUUUCCAGGGUCGUGGGGUGGAUUAUUGCUUUCUCAGUCCAUCUUCCUUGUAGAAUCCUUGCAAAUAUUCAUCCUAUUCUUUAUUUCUUGUUGGUUUUGAUGUUUCUAUUUGAUUUUAUUGGUAGUGAGAUCUAAACUCACAUUUCACAAUGUUCAAUGUUGAUGUUGAUAAAAGAAUGUCUUCAGUUUUAUGAAA